GGCACGGCGGCGGCCAUGGCGGGCGCGGCGCUGUCGCGGGUGCCGGACGUGCAGAUCGAUGGCGACGGUGUCUUCAAGUACGUGCUGGUGCGGGUGCGCGGGGCCGGCGCGCCCGCCAAGGACGUCGUGCGAGGCCACGGCUGGGCCGAGUACCACGGUGAGGGAAGCGCGGGGCCGUGGCCCAGCGUGCCGGGGAGCGGCCGCGGGCCCGGGGCGGGGGGUUGCCGGGGCCCGGCCCGGCUCGGGCGGCGGCUGAGGCGGGGUCCCCGCGCCGCCCGCUCCCUCCCUGCAGCCGACUUGUUCGAGCGCACCGCGGAGGAGCUGGCUCCACUCGGGCUGAGCUGCGAGUGCCUGGGCGGCGGCCGGCUGUCCCACCGCCCCCAGGAGAGGAAGAUCCACGUCUACGGCUACUCGGUGGGCUUUGGACGAGCUGACCACGCUGUGACCACAGAGAAGCUGAAGGCCGAGUACCCCGACUAUGAGAUCACCUGGGCAGAUGAAGGGUACUGACUCCUCUGUCUGUGGUGCCAGCCGAGGACUGGCACAGCUGUAUGCAGCACCCUGGUGGUGGCAGCAGGCUCCCCGUGCUUGGCCGUGCUCCAGGCUCUCCUGAUUUUCCUCUGUGCUGAACUCGCCCGUUCUCCGCUGUCACUGGACUGUCCCCGUGCCAGGUGCUCCCACCCCCCUGGCACGGCAAAGCUGGUGAAGCCAGUGGUUGCUCUGCCCCAGCCUCCUGGUGCCAGAGGCUCAUCCACGUGUAUCUGUGAGAAUUAAAGUUGUCAGAGGAGCACAGCUGCUCUGGUGGCCAUG